UUAUGUGGAGAUCUAUAUCCGAAUCUCCGACGGACGGCGGCGGCGGCGGCGAUGGUGGCGGAUGGGAAGUUGAAAAGGGAGAGACGAGUCGUCGGAAGCGCUCGGGUUGGGAGCGAUGGGAAAGGCUUUUCCUUCCGUAACGGAAUAUUCCUUUCCUAUCCCUCCCAUACCGAAGGUUUCCGAUCUAUCCUCCCUUUUACUUCCAUCUUUUUUUUCUUCCCCCUUUCGUUGGUAACGGAAUAUUCUCAAUUUAUUCUUUCCUGCUCAGAUCAAGUUGAUUUUCAUACAUGUGUAAAAAUUUAUGUUAUUCUCAAUUUAUUUUUGAAUUUGUAUUUUGUCACAGUGUAUGUUGAUUGAAUCAUCAUGGUAUAGUGGGUAAGAUCUGCAGAAAAUUGGUAUCAAUUGCUUCAUUUUUAGGGUUUGGUCUGCAGAAAAUUAGCAGCAUAAUAAAGUUUCAUUCUUCUAUUAUUUACAGUUAAUUUAAGGGUUUGAUUUUGCUACUUUUAAAUGGAAAAAAAAUUCCUUUGUACUAAUUUGGUUGUGCAUUGCAUACCAUGUAGUGAUUUAGAUUUAGUGUCGAUUAUUGGUUUCGAAUCCAGUUGUAUGCAACUGAAGAAUAUGUCGAUGCUAUAUUGGACAGUCCAGUUGGUUUCGAUGCACCGAAUGUAUACAAUUUUUAGCCUGUUAUUGCAAUCGUGCCUUUUCUCGUGUCUUGUAGGAAAAUCAGAACCAGAGAAGACAGCAGUUAACGACAUUUAGCAGCAUGCGAUUAAGCUAAAUUAGGACAAAAGAUUUUGCAAAGUCGAGAUAGAUAUAUUGUGGUAAUGUUAGCCUCGUUUGCCUUUGUGAGUAGCGGAAUUACAGGUACGGAGUUUUACCUGGUGCCAGAAACAUUACAGUUUGUUUAUUAAAAAAAUCGUUAGGAAUCGGUUUAAACUAGACAGUUUUGCAUUCGAUUUUCAAAUUUCAGAUUAAUUUUUACUUGUUUCAUUGUCCAGGAUUUGUAUAGUCACUAUGGCGGGCAGAGAGGACGGUAAAUUUAAUGUCUGCAAAUGUUUAUUAAUAUUUCAUUAUUUGUUCUUUGCCUUUGGUUCUUGUGGUUUGUCUCGAUAGACACAGACAAAAGUUUUACAUAUUUAUACGAAACGCAUGAUAGGAUUAACUGUUAGUUGGCACUAAUCUUUGUUAUUGUAAUAAAAUUCUGGCAUCAUGACAAUGAAAGAAUCCAGAAAUGUCGAUUUCGUAAAAUCAUUUAAAAAAUCAGAAAUUUGGUAGCACCCUUUUGGAGAUUUCCAGUCCUUCCAAAUCUAAAUUCGCCAUCUUCUCGACUUCCCCUCUUACAAAUUCAAGAUCCCUUUUCAUACUAAUUAUUAUCUGACAUCUUUCUCUCUCCUUAAACAUAAUUCCAUUACCAGAGAUUCUUGAUUAUGAGUUCUGCAUCUCCAUCACAAAAGCCUGAUAUCACCUUAUCCCUAAAUUUAUCAUCACCAUCUCCCUCACCGAACGACGGCCUAAAGCCCCAAGAAAGGAGCGUCGAACUAAUCCAGCUCUUGCUAACAUGCGCCAACCACGCCUCCUCCGGCAACCUCCGUCAUGCUGACACCUGCCUCCGCCGGAUCUCCGAGCUGGCCUCCGUCUCCGGCGACUCCAUGGAGAGGUUGGCCGCCAGGUUUGCCUCCGCCCUGGCCGCCCGCCUGGUUAAGCGUUGGCCGGGCCUCUACAAAGCCCUAAACAACGGUGGGCUGGGCCUGGCAAUGUCGGGCGAGCAGGUGAUCCAUAUUAUCGAUCUGGGGUCGGGCGACCCUAAGCUGUGGGCCCCGUUUAUCCGGGGCGUAGCAAAUGGGCCUGACGGGCCUCCUCGUUUGAAGUUCACUUUCGUCGGUUUGAGCAAGGAAGCCCAAGAGAGAUUACAGGGUAGGCUUGUGAAAGAGGCCAAGACUUUGAACAUCAUGCAAAUCGAGUUCAACAUCGUAAACGCUAAGCUCAGAGAGUUGACUUUGGACAUGCUCAAAGUCAACUCUGACGAAGCAAUAGCAUUGACUUCGAUCUUGGGCCUCCACGCCCUACUAGCCGAGGACGAUCGUGUCGAUGCUCGUUUUGGGCUGCAUAAUAACAACGAUAAAAAAAUAAACCAAGUAAAAGAAUGCAAGCGAAUGACAGAGUUUCUUGAAAUGAUUAGGUCCAUCAGGCCAAAAGUGGUGUUGCUAGUGGAGCAAGAGUCAGAUCAUAAUUCGACCCGUUUAGCGGACCGUUUUGUGGAAGGGUUGCAUUUUUACAGCGCGCUGUUCGAUUGGAUAGAUGUGAAGUUUAGUGGAUUCUCCUGCACGGAUCGUACGAGGUUGGAGGAGAUGUUUGGACAGGAAAUCGAGGAUAUUGUGGCUGGGGAAGGAUUGGAGAGGGAGGAGAGGCAUGAGAGGUAUGUUAAAUGGGCUUUCAGGUUUACAAAAGCGGGCUUUAGGCCCGUCCGUUUGUGGUACGAGACGAUGGAUGAGGCCCGAGAAAUGGUGGAGGGUUGUAGACUUGGUGGUUUUAAGGUACUUAGUCAGAAAGGGAGUUUGAUGAUUUGUUGGCAUGAGAGGCCUAUUUAUGCAGUGUCAGCAUGGACUUGUUUUGGUUCUUGAUCACUCUAUAUGUAACAGUAUUUUCCUUUAACAUUUUGUCGAAUAACCCGAGUUCGAGUUCGAGCUUUUAUCGAGUCGUUUACACCUAGAAAUAACAUUUUUUACACUUUGAAAAAAAUAAGAAGAAAUAAAUUUUAUAACUCCUAGGUAUCUCCACCAUUCUCCAUAGAUGUCUGCUAGAUUCCUUAACAAAAGCUUCAGUAGUACAAACUUUUGCACCAGUCCCAAGACAACUAGGUAAAAAGUAAAAUGCAAAAGUUUAAAUUUGCUAUA